GGUCGAUAAGAUGACCUAUCUGAUCUCAGAUGUAUAAACUUGUAACAUUCCGGAAAUUUUGUAUCUCGAAUCAAAAUAGAUUUAUAAAUGUUGUAGUUAUACUCUCAAUUCGAAGGAUUAGUAAAAAUACAUUUUCGGUUUAGCCUGUAUAAAAAUCGUUCAAACUGCAACGCUGCGACAAGGUGGGAUGACCUGCACUUCCCAGCAUGCUGUUCAGCCGGUCGUGUCGUCCCGAAGUGGGUCUUUAAAUAUCCUUCAGUCUCUUGGAAGCCCUGUCACUUCACUGUCAAAAUCGAAAUCCUAGCUAGAUUAUUUUCCUUUUUCCCAAGACUAACUAUUAUCUGAUUGGUUGGCGCAGCUGUCACUCGUUCGGCUACACCCUGGCAUGCUCGACGGACUUAGAAUAAACAGUACUGGCAUGCUUUCCGCCCUGUUAGCCCGCUGUGUUCUGCUAAAUAUAGCUGGUGAAGUUGAGGCUGCACGGCAGCGGGUACAGGGCGAAAACCGUAUCCGCAAAUACACCUUAAACGUCUUAUUAGAGUAGGCCUAACGAAAGUAAAGUUUGAGAUAUACACAGACAGGGUAAUUUUUAAGAGACCGAGAAGCGGAAGACCACAAUGCCUGCAAAUCAAAGUAGAUCGAGGGCAAGGGAUCGGAAUAACGUCCUGAACAGACCCGAAUUCAUGUCUCUGAACCAGCCCCUGAAGACCAAUACCAGCGCCGCUCGGCGGCCCAUGAAGCACCAGCAAAGCCAGAACCAGAACCCGCCGCAGGAGCAAGAGCAGGAUGCCCGAAGAGAAUCUAUGAAAUUACCGGAGGAAGACUGUAUGCAGCUAAACCCUUCCUUCAAGGGAAUAGCGAUUAACUCCCUUUUAGCUAUUGAUAUCUGCAUGUCCAAGCGGUUUGGUGUUUGCGCUCACACCACGUCUUCUUGGGGAAGCAUCCGUUCCAUCGUCAACCUGCUCGCAUUCACCGGACACGGCAUUCCAUGGAUCUUCGGCACACUCGUGUGCCUCACGAGAAGCAACACGUUGGCAGGGCAAGAGGUGUUGAUCAAUCUGAUGUUAGCCCUUCUGCUGGACUUGAUGACCGUCGCCGGCUUGCAGAAGCUGGUUAAGCGCAAAGGACCAUGGGAGAUGAGCCCCACCUUCCUGGACUACCUGGCCAUGGACGUGUACUCCUUCCCGGCGGCCCACGCCAGCCGUGCCGCCAUGGUGUCCAAGUUCCUGCUGGCGCACCUGGUGCUGGCCGUGCCGCUGCGUAUCCUGCUGGUGCUGUGGGCCUUCCUGGUGGGCAUGUCCCGCAUCCUCCUGGGCCGGCACCACCUGAGCGACGUGGGCUGCGGCUUCGCCCUGGGCUUCCUGCACUACAGCCUGGUGGAGAAGGUGUGGCUACCCUCCAGCACCUGCCAGGCCCUCAUCUCCAUCGGGACGCUCGACUGGAUCGACUUCUAUUAGGAUCGCUCGCCCCGUCCCACGCCGUCCCUUCCUGGUCCUCCUCUUCUCGCCUCUCUCGCUUUCCCCCUCUGCCCUACUUCCUGUUCCUAAUCCACUUCCUGUUCCUAAUCCACUUCCUGUUUCUAAUCCACUUCCUUUUCCUAACCCACUUCCCUUUCCCCGCUUUACUCCUUUUACUGCUCAACUUCUUUCCUCAGUUAUCUUUUCCUUCUACGCUUCCUUUGUGUGCACAGCAUCCAAGCCAACCUCAAAAUCCUAUACCUGUUCUACUUCCUGUUCUUCCUUUACUCUGUUCCUGCUCAACUGCCUCCUUUUUUCCUUCUACCCUUCCUGUGUAUGCACAGCAUCCAAGCCAAACUCAAAAUCCUAUACCUGUUCUCUACUUCCUGCUCCACUUCCUGUACUUGCUUUAUUUGUACCUCUCUGAUACUGACUGCCUCUUCUUCAUGCCUUUUCUCCUACCUUUUUAUUCAGCUCAGUUCUAAACAAAAGAGUACACGUCUGCACUUUAAAGAAAAACAUUUUCGUCUGUCUGUGCUGGAUGAAUUACGUUUCCUCCAUGUCAGCACAAAUUUUAGCCAGGAAGGGCAAUGCUGCGAGGCUGACAGAUGGCUUACCCUGGCUAUUUUUAUAGAAAUUUAACAUGCAAGUUUUGUCAUUGUUCUUAUUGUUAGAUAUGAUGUGCACAUGGCAAUAAUUGGAAUUUUUUGCUGUUGAACAGUGUCAUUUCACUCUAAAAUAAGAGCUUUUUUAGAGUGCUUGUUUUUAUAAUUACGGGAAGUUUCUAUAUAAAUUGAAAAAUUAAUUAUACAGCAGGGAUUUUACUAUUUCAGCAUAAUUAUUUAUUCAGAAAUCAUUUCAAACAUUUUUAACAUGGCACUUAAUGCCUGAAAGCAGUCUUUUAAUUUUCUCUUUAUUUAACUUUCUGUUGUUUUUCUGUUCAUUCUUGCUAUGUCUCUUUUGACUGUAUAAGUAUUUGUGUAUUUGAGGUAUUGCACUGAAGCUGAAAUGUUGAACUGCGUUUUUUUCUGAAUAUGGUAAUCACGCAGAAAUGUUUGAUUGGAUGAAAUUUUCUCUUUAAAAGAAGACAUGAAUGUCAUCACUCAACAAAAGUGUACUCUAAAAAACGUUUUUUGAACUAUUUUGUAUAGGGCUGUGUUUCUGUGCUUUUAAGUAAUAGCUUGUUAUGGUACUUUUGUCUUUUGAAUGAAGGCCUUUUCUGCAGACAUUUCAGGUGUUUUUUAAAUGCAAGUUAUUAAUCUCAGAAGUGGUUUCCAUGUUUGGGGUCUGCACGGCUGUUUAACUUGAAGACAACAACCAAUCAGUCUUUUUGAGUGACUGGAGUCUCAGGUAAAACAUGUUUAAAACGUUAUGUAAAAAUAACGUAAAAAAAAAAAAUAUUGUGUCCACAUGAUGGAUGUUCUUUCCAUAUCCACUUUGCAUGAGGACAGCUAUGGGAUGGGCCUCCCAUUAGUUACACUGAACAGGUUCUCUAUUGGGCCCAGAAAACCUGAAGGUCUUUACUGAGGUCUUCUAGUUUCAGUGUGGUGCCUUUGAUCAAUGCCCCUGCAGUGACCCCUCUGGCUUGUAGCUGUAUUACAUUGCUAUUGCUGUCUUUAAAAAAAUGCUGACGACGUGAAGUGUAAAACCGAUCCAGAAAACCGUCUGCUUCUCCCCUGAAUAUCCGGGAUAUUGCCUCAUUCUGCAGCAAUGAGGAACAGAACUGUCUCUGAUUUCAUCAGAGGGCCAUCUGCCAAACCAUGAAUGUACAGCAACUCGGUCAGCCUGACCUUUCUGAUCAAAAUUACAAUGGAAAUGUAUAUUUGAGCGUAUGUGCAUGCUAUUGUGAUACAGAUUUAUCAGAAAGUGUAUUAUUUGUAAAAAAAAAAUAUUCAGGACGAUUAUAAUGUCAACUCUGUCUCUACUAUUUGGUAGACCACCUUUGGCGGGCUUAUGUUCUUAUAUUCUCUGUCCUUCAAGGAAUAUCACCAUACCAAAUGCAAUGUGUAGAAUUAUAGUCAGCGUCUAAGACCUCUACAGAUCUAGGAGGUUGUGUGCACAGUUUAAUGUGCCAAAAUGACUGAUUACUUCAAAGUUAACUUCUCAUUAUUCUGUAAUGUCAUUCAACAUGGAACAUUUUGUUCAAAUGAUGGAAGAUGUCUUUCUUAGUCUGUAUCUAACAAAGCCAAUGAAAAGGCUCGUUUCGCAGAAGUGUGUCCUGUGGUUUGAUUAGAAUCCCAAUUAAACAGGUACUGACUUGGUGUCCUUCCCAGGUAGGAAGUUAAAAAAACAGUCCCUAGCUUCUCUUUCAAUAGCAACUCCAAGGUCAAGGUUGCAUCUAUAGCCUGACUGCACCAGAUGUUUAACCCUUUCGUUGUCUUAAGGGUCCUGCCACUAUGUUUAACAGUAGAGGCAGACCCCCUAAAUUAUAUUUUUUCAACUUGAAAUUUUGAUGACAAAGUUUGUGAUGAGUGACAGGUAGUUUCUUCGUGCAAAAUAUAAUUCAAUUAAUUAAAAUUCAAUUAAGCUGCUUUAUUUUAGGGGUUUAGUGAAGGCGGGUAAUUUUUGACCGUUAGGACAAGGGGGAGUGUAGGAAUGUUGAGACUACACCAGGGUUAAUAUGUGCAGUCCUCCAGCACAUUAGCUACAGUGGCUUCCUGUAGCUGAAAGAUCACGUUGAGCGAGGUGGUUGGGUAACUUCACACAUGUCAGGAUGACUGUGCAGGUCCUUACGACAGAAGACUGGGGUGUCUACGAUUAUAGAGAAAUGUUCAUUCAUUCAAAUAAAAUUGGCUAUGAUGUAAAAAAAAAAAAAAAGAAAAAAGAAAGAAAUGCUGUGAAUAAAUGUGUCUGGUUUUGUCCCCUUUCCACAAUUUGGGAAUACCAGUUGUGCUUCUCAGAUCUCUGGUUACACCACCUGUCAAAGGAGCACUGUAGUGCUCAAGCAUAUGAGAGUCAGUGGCUGUUUUACACCGAAUAGCCCAAAGGGUACUACAGGAGAGCUAGCAAUGGGUGGAGUUUUAUCUAUCAGUAAUGACAGCUGAUUGGCUGUGGGCACCUUGUUUGUUCGGAGGAGCUAAUUCAGCAGUAACCCCGGCAACCUUAAGGACAAGCUGAAAUCAACCUUUUUUCAUUUAAAUUUAGUCAGUUCUUCAUUACUUUAUGAACACGGCUUAAAGUAUAUAUUCCAUAGAAUUAAUACAAUUGGUAUACUUGUAUAUUUAAAAACCAAAGCUUUUUUUCCAUCCACUUCCUGGUAAACUAUUUGCACCAGUGUAUGUUGAUCAUAUGUCUGUAAAUUUUCCAUUCUCCUCCAAUCAAUGUGUCCCCUUCCUCAUUUGACAUUAGUCAAAUCGACUUCCCGACCCUUCAGAAAUGUCCCCGUCAGAUUUGUUUCACUGGCAUAUGUCAUACUGCGAAAGUUAGUGCUGCUCCAACUUGUGUUUCUGCUUGUCUUUAAACCCACCACAUCCCUGAUGAGACCCUGUGAAGGCCUUCUGCUGAGAAAGUCCCGGUCAUAGUCUGCUGUUGACACACUGUAGGCUCAAACCUGCAGUCCAACCACAGCUUAUGCUCUUGAGUCACUCAGAAGUCCCACAUCCAUCCUUAAAGCUUUAUUUUUUAUACAUAUUUAGAGGCAGAGUGGGCAUGUGCUAACUGAGUCAAAUAUAAGAUCCUUGUUCUGUCGUGUAAUUGACGGAUGGAGGAAGGAUGAGCCGAGAGAGAUCAAGGAGUCUGUGUCAGGUCUACACUCUCACAGGACCUUCCGCCCUUUCAGUGUGUCUGUGGAGUUAGAAUGCCUGCUUUCCCUUCUCAUUGUCUCAGUGUGUUUCCUUCAUCACUGUUUGGAAAUAGCCACUGCCUAGAUAGUUUAUUUAAAGCAGACAGUCCUGAUUUUAAACGGGGUAAUGAUGUUAUCCCGCACUGUUUUAGUAAAAUAGACUGUUAUUUGACUGUUAUAUAAGCUUUAUGUUUAGAGUCCAGCUUUUAAAAUAUGCAUGGGUUUGUUUCUAAGAUAAUAGAGAAAGUGCUUGACAUGAUGAUAUAUGGACAAUGUGAAAUAAUUCAAUAAAAGAUAUCCUUUUCAAACCAGAUUCUUUUAAAAAUUGUAUUUCUGGGAAAGGUGUGGUGUGGCUUCUCAGAGUAGAAGCUUGCUCUUUCUGUGUGCAGCUUAACAUGAAAACGGACAAUGACUAGAAAGUGGGCAAAUGACUGGAAAGUUUUUCUCAACAUUUAGAUGACAUAUAUUGUCUGUUGGGAAUACACUUUGGUUCAAAGAUGGGUUUUUGGAUCAGUGUGUUAGUAUAUGUGUUCAAAUCCAUGAACAACACGAUCUAGGACCUGUUGCUGCAUUUAAGUUGGGUAGGUUGUCAAUGUUAAUUUCUUAAAAAUGAUGGAUUAUUUUUUUGCAAUAUCCAUUUUGUCUGACUUCAUGUUCCGAGGUCGACUUCCUGUUUACAGUACAUGUGGUCACACACUAAUCUGGUGAGUUUUCUUAUUUUUCACCUUUGAAAGUAAAAUAAAUGGCAUUUAACAUUUUAUGUAUUAAAACUUUCAGGUAAGAAUGUUCAAUAUAAUAUUUUUGUACUGAAUAGAGGAGAGAAUGAAGUGUCUUGAUACCUCAUAGGUGCAGUCCUAUGUUAAACUGACCUUGAGAUAUAGCCAACAUUAGCACACAUGUCAGUUUGGAGCAAGUGGACUCAAUCACUUUGGGGCAAGUCGUCACAUGACACAUGCGACGGGUAUUUGGGGGCAAGGCCACGCCACCCCUCCCAGAUCCAGUUCAGCUGGUCCUUUGAUGAAGUUAUAUUUGUUUUUUAUUCACAAUGACUUGGUUGUGUUAUUUGUUUAAAAAAUGUUUUUAAAAACUUAAUGUGACUGAUGGUGCACACCCAAUACUUAACUGUCCAUAACUCAUAAAUAAGAUAUGAAAGAUAUGAAAAUGUAAUUAAUACAAAAUAUGUGCCUGAGACUUCAUUCUUUCAUUUGAUAUUACAUUAUUUUUAUUGUGAUGUAUUGUGCCCAAAUGUAAGGAAGAAUGAAAAGUAUGACAAUAGGCGCGAUUCUCCCCUAUAGUACUUAUUCAAAUGUGUGUGCAUCCAUGAGGAGAUAAUCCAUGUAUUUUAUGUUCUUUUCUUUUGAAAAAAACAUUUUCAAAACGUUUUCCUGUAACACUUGACACAAGAGUCUAAAAUAAAGCCGUAACCGUG